AUGGCUGCUCAAAACGCUCCCGCUAAUCCUACAUCUGCUUCGUACUCCAUGGCAUCGCUCUACGUCGGCGACCUUCAUCCGGAAGUGACAGAGUCGAUGCUUUUCGAGAAGUUCAGCGCUUCUGGCCCAGUCCUGUCUAUUCGCGUUUGCCGUGACAAUGCUACUCGUCUUUCGCUCGGAUACGCGUACGUCAACUUCCAGCAGCCAGCGGACGGUAUUUUUUCUCAUGUUACUUCGUAAACUUUGAGUGACUAAGAAAACGGAGAAUCUUUUUCAUACUUUUUUUUUCCAGCUGAACGUGCAUUGGAUACCAUGAACUUCGAUUCUAUCAACGGAAAGCCAAUGCGUAUCAUGUGGUCUCAGAGAGAUCCCGCCAUGCGUAGAUCGGGAAAUGGAAACAUUUUCAUCAAGAACUUGGACAAGUCGAUCGACAAUAAGUCGAUUUACGACACUUUCUCCUUGUUUGGUCCUAUUCUUUCCUGCAAGGUUGUUUCAUUUUACCACUUUUCAAAUAGAUAAAAAAUUUACAGGUUGCUGUUGAUGAAGAAGGAAAUAGCAAAGGAUAUGGAUUUGUUCAUUUUGAAACCGAUGAAUCCGCUUUGAGUGCGAUUUCCAAGGUCAACGGAAUGUUGCUUGGAGGAAAGAAAGUGUGAGUUUAGGAAAUCGGAUUACUUUGAAAUAAUUCAUUUUCAGAUUUGUUGGAAAGUUCCAACCUCGUGCUCAACGCUUGAGGGAGCUCGGUGAAACCGCCAAACGAUUCAAGAACGUUUUUGUGAAAAACUUUGGCGACAGUCUGAAUCAGGAGUCACUUGAAAAGAUGUUCUCUCAGUUUGGAAAAAUCACGAGCUGUGCCGUUAUGAACGACGACAAAGAAGGCAAAUCGAAGGGAUUUGGCUUUGUGGCUUUUUCUGAGCCGGAGGAAGCCGAACGGGUGUGAAAGUUUCAUGAGAUUACUUUUGAAAAAACUUUUCAGGCUGUAAACGCUAUGCAUGAGCAAAUUUUGGAUGGCACCGAUACAAAGCUUUUCGUGUGCCGUGCGCAGAAGAAGAGCGAGAGACAAGCUGAAUUGAAGAGAAGACACGAAAUGCAGAAGGUUUUUGGACCUCCAAGCUUUUUUCUUGAAUUUGAAAAAUGAUAAAGUUUUGCAUUCAAAAAUUAUUCAGGCCGAACGAAUGCAAAAAUACCAAGGCAUCAAUCUGUAUGUGAAGAAUCUUGACGAGACGGUUGACGACGAAGGUCUCCGAAAGCAAUUCGAACAGUUUGGCGCCAUCACGAGUGCUAAGGUAUCUCAUCACGUGAAACCAAAUGUAAAAAAAUAUUUCUUAGGUCAUGACUGACGAAAAUGGUCGCUCCAAAGGCUUCGGUUUUGUGUGCUUCGAAAAGCCGGAUGAAGCGACUAACGCCGUCACCGAGAUGAACUCUAAGAUGGUGUGCUCCAAGCCGCUUUACGUGGCCUUGGCUCAAAGGAAGGAAGACCGCCGCGCUCAGCUAGCUUCACAGUACAUGCAGCGUUUGGCAAGCAUGCGUAUGCACAACAACGUUCCUGGCGGCACCAUGUACCCACCGAACCAAGCUAGUUACUAUGUCGCCAACCCCGUUCCUGUAAUUACGAUCCCAAAGCUUCUAAGAAAUUGAGCUCAUUCUAGCAACGUGGAUUCGUUUCUGGUAUGAACGCGGUUCGUGGAGGAGGAGGAGGACGUUGGAACGUCGCCAACCAAUACGGAGUUCAAACACCGUACAUGGUUCCUGCAGCGGGAAGUGCUAUGUACCAGCAGGUAAUUUAAUGAGACGGUUAAAGUUUUAUCAAUUCACUUUUUUAAGGGGCGUGGAGUGAGGCCUCAAGGUGGACAGGCGCCGAACCGACCCCAACCUCAGCAAUACGGACAAGUGCAAGGAGCGAGAAUGGGACAACCGCGAAUGCAACAACCAACUGUCGCCGGUCAACCUGCUGUUGCCGCCGGUCCUCGUGGACCUGUGAGAUAUUUUAAAUUCUCAACCUCUUUAAUUUCUUUAAUUAUAGCAGCAGCCGCGUCCAACUACGAACGCAGUCAAAAACGUUUCCCAGCAGCAGUUCCAGCAGUUCAACCAACAAAGACCAACUGGAAUUGUGAUUGGUGGACAGGAGCCACUGACUUCUCACAUGUUGGCUUCUGCCGCUCCCCAGGUAAUUUUCGAAGACUUCGUUAUUUGAAAAAAAAUUCUUUUAAGGAGCAAAAACAACUUCUUGGCGAGCGCAUCUACGCUCUCAUUGACAAGAUGUAUCCGGGACACAAAGAUGCUGGAAAGAUCACUGGAAUGAUGCUGGAAAUCGACAACUCUGAGCUCAUCAUGAUGCUCCAGGACACUGACAUCUUCCGCUCCAAGGUCGACGAAGCCGCCAGCGUGCUCCAGUCUGCUGUUAAGGAAUAA